AUGUUACAUCUAUUGAUUGUGUUUGUGAUAUGUUUUAUGUACUCGCAAGCAGCAGUGAUCCAAAAACGUUCAUCCACCUACGAAGGUGUCGCUACGUACUAUCUAGUUAACAAAUCAGGUCGUCCUUCGUGUGGCGGAAGAUACGAUUCAAAUGCCAUGGUGGUUGCACUCUCUCAUAAACGUAUGCAAGGUCGAAAUAACCCAUGCGGUGAAACUAUUAAGGUGUACGGUGACUAUGGUUCUGUCACGGUCCAGGUCGUUGAUACCUGUGCCGGUUGCGAUAAAGAUGAUAUUGACCUUUCGCCCAAGGCAUUUGCAAAAAUUGGUCAAAUGAAUGAAGGUGAACUCGAAAUUGAAUGGUCCUUCAAAUAG